UACUAUUUUGCCCAAUUUCCUGAAUUUUGUGAUAAAACUAAAGGUGAUAAGAGCCAAUUCAAGGCCCAGGAAGCUAGAUUCCAUAGCCGCACUGGGGUAAACCCUCACCGAAGAAGAAGGAGAAGAUGGAUCAGCGAGUUAUAGUGCAAUUUUUAACUUUCCUGCGUUAAUGUAGUUCGUGAUCAUCCGGUUGAGAUAAGAAGUGCCGUGGUGUGGGGUCCUGCUAAGAUCAAUGUUGGGUGUCCUGGUGUGUCGCGUGAUCGGUGGGAGGCACCUGCAAUGAUGGAGGCGUUUAUGCAUGAGUUUUCCAUCCCCAAGCACCAGAUCCGUGAAACCUGGCAUCCGAAUCGAUGGGUGUUGCUGGUGCACAAAUCGUGGUUGCGCGGCCUCACGCACGGCGGUCGCGUCCCGAAAGAGUUUCCUACGUACGGAUUAGCGGACGCACUCGAGUGGCCUCCGGAGAACGAAACGGGGCCGUGGAGCAGGGUUUACGCCGCGGUAUAUCCAAAGCAAAGUACGAAAGUAAUUCCUCUACCACGAAGCAAGCAUUUAACGGGUGCCACAGCAAACGAUCCACUUACCUCCUACGGGACGGAUGGUGGCACCGUGGAGGAUCCGUUGCACUACUCGCAGCUACUGCAGUACGUGUCGUCAACGAAUCACAAAAAUGCCUGGAAGGCUGCGUACCGAAAGUAUGCAGGCUCACGACCCGACGUCACCGCCAUUCCUCCGGUGGCUAACGCCGUCAGCAGCGCGUUCAGCGAACAACAGCACCCACAUCAUCACCAAUCCCUCAGUACAAAGAAAGGCCCCGGAACUGCGGCCGAACCAGUCAGCAAUCCUCACAUAUCAGUAAACGCUGUAACCCUGCCGUAUGACAGCGUCUUCCGGGAGGUACUGCACCGUACCUUUGGCUGCCCGAUACUGCAGCAAUACUCAUUAAACGCACCGAAGGACCCCGAUACGGGCAUCACAAAUCAAAACGCAAGUUGUGCACCAACGGUGGAAGGUGGAUCAAACGCCAGUCCCGCAGCAGCUGCCGCCAAUCUGUUUCCCGCGAUAGCUACGAUCGAAACCGGAACUGCGUUCUAUAUUAUCUAUGAACUCUAUCUGACGAACAAUCUGCUCGACUGCGUAACUUACAGUCCAGCGAUCAUCGAACGAUCGUACAACAAACCGCUGUUCAUCGUUUACCAGUUGCUGCAGAUGAUGCGUUCGUGUCACGAUCGUGGCCUAAACGUGGGCGAUAUCUCGCUGAAGGACAUCUACCUGACGGAGAAUCUGUGGAUCCGGGUGAUGCCCAAACUGGAGGCCAAUCUGCUCGAAUACGACGAGGAGCUGUUACGGCAGCUCGGUGAGCUGCAGCUGAUCCAGGAACGUACAGCAGUGGGCCAACAGCAGCAGCAGCAGCAACAACAGCAACAGUCCUUUCUCACUCCCAAACCAUCCGCUGGGCUUGACCUGCGGUACACGCUGCGUGAGUACUGCGAAAUGUGGUGCCAUGGGCAGCUGUCAAACUUCGAUUACCUGACGAUUCUGAACCACAUGACGGGUCGGAGGAUUGGUUGCCCUGAGUUCCACCACAUUAUGCCCUGGGUUACCGAUUUUUCAUCCCGUUCCGGGCAAGCGUGGCGUGAUCUGAAGCGAUCCAAGUUUCGUCUCAACAAGGGAGACGCUCAGCUCGAUCUCACAUUCCAGGCGGCCACGGUUGGCAUUGCAGCGGUACAUACGGAUCAGCAGGACGCGCCGGUAACGGUGCCCCAUCAUGUGUCGGAUGUACUUUCGGAGAUAACCUACUACGUGUACAUGGCACGGCGAACGCCGAAGGCGACCCUCUGCAAACACGUUCGACCGAUCUGGGUGCCGGCCGAAUAUCCGGCAACGAUAGCACGGCUUUACGAAUGGACACCGGAUGAGUGCAUACCGGAGUUUUUCUCCGAUCCGUCCGUCUUUAAGAGCAUCCACGAGGAUCUACCGGAUCUGGAAAUACCGAGCUGGUCAAGCUGUCCGGAGGAUUUCGUGGUAAAACACCGGGAACUGCUCGAGAGCCAAUACGUUUCAGAACGGUUGCACCAUUGGAUCGAUCUUACCUUUGGCUACAAGCUCACCGGUGGUGCCUCAAUCCGCUCUAAGAACGUUUGCCUUUCGCUCGUCGAUAAACACCAGAAUCUCUGUCAUCGCGGUGUGGUCCAAUUGUUUGCGUGCCCGCAUCCACCGCGCCAGUUCGUGACGGCGUGGAAUAGCAAAACGCCACCGCGGUGGCACUUGCAGCAGGAUAGCAAUCGUCGCCUGACACGAAGCACCGAGGAUCUCACUCGGACGAUUGCCGGAAGCAAUACCGGUGUACUAGCACCAUCUGCCGUAGAAUUCCGUUCGCACGGCGACGGAUCACCAAGGCGGGAAGAACCCGGGUCCGCAUACCGUCACUCGACACAAAACUUACCGUCGCAGUACCACGCUCUCAAGUCGGAAUCCAGCUAUCAUAUCAACGUACAGCCCAACUCUCCGGGAACGCUUUCCCUGCCGAAGGGCUACAAUCCGAUUGCGCAGCUUAUUGCUGUGGAAAGCUUGGGAACCUUCCGGAUGAAAGUGUUUCACGCAACGGAAUCGUGCACUCCGGCCGGUGGGAAGCAACCGGACGAGUACGAUCUGUGGUGCUCUCGGAUGGAUGCCCGUCCAUCGGCAAUCGGCACCGGUGGUAAUGCGUUCGUGAAUCGGAUCUUCAGCGAAGCGUACGAACGCUCGUUCAAGGGACGAAGCGGUGAAGAGGUGCGAUCUUCUGGAAUGGGCUUCUCAGGCGAUCCGCUACAAGCCCAGCUGCAACGCCAAUCGCUCAAACAAGUGUUGCUCCAUCAGCGCACCAAAGACCUCCAGGUACUCGGUUGUCUGAUCGUGGAGAUCUUUCUUGCACCGAAGCUGCUGCCGCUCGGGAGCUGUCUGCGACAGGAGUUCGACGAGCGUUUAGAGGCUGCAAAGCGACUUGUGAUCGAUGAACCAAAGGCACUACCCCUCUGUCUACUACCGAUCGUACGGCAGUUGCUAGGUCUAGGAGAUUCCAGUGCGAUCGUAACGGAUCGUGGGCUUCCACCAGCAACGCCGCAUCAGUAUCUGCAACCGCUGCUCGCAAAUCUACUAAUUCCAUUUCCGAGCACAUACGGUCGGCUUUACCGUACGAUACGUGCUCUCGGUGCGUACGACGAGUGUGUCCAGCUGCUCGAGCUGCAAACGUUCUUCGAGUGUGAUGGGAAAAACUGCUCCCGCUAUGCAUCUCUCGAUCGAACCCGCAUCGAGUAUCGACGGCGGAUCGCCGAGUGUAAGGUCAAUGCGUGUGUUGCCCUUGCCGAUCCCUUGCUAGCCCCCGGUGGCGAGCAGUUCUCGGUCGUGGAACUCAUACUGCCGCACAUUAUCGAGCUGAUCCGCCAGGACGAUACCUCGAUACCAGCUGCCUGGAAUAUGUUCGAUUCGCUCGCUACGGCGCUGGGCGUACGAAAGACUCAGGAAUACCUUCUCCAGCCGAUUCUUGCCUUGUACGAUUCGGACGAAGGCGAUGGUUUCGGUGGACCGGGAGCUCGGCCCGGAGCAACUACCAAACCGAUUGGUGGCGAUGGCAGUGGCACCGACCCUACGACGAUGCUGGGCAUGCCAGGGUUUAUCCCAGCUGGUGGAGGUGGAUCGGCCAAGUUCACGCCACGCUAUACCUCGUUCAAGUCGGAGAAAUCGGUUAAGCUUUACCAUCACAGCUUUCUGCUGAAGCUGAUCGUACGGUUCGGAUUGCGGUGCUUCCUUGAUCACUUCAUCGUGCCACUGGUCGAGGCGGUCGGUGGGUACCGGGACGGUGACUUUCAGCCCUGCUACCACGUUCACGAACCAUCCGUGUGGUCCGGUGAAUUUCGAAAGUCACGCUCCUACCGUAGCUUCAAACUGAAUGCCGCCACCACCGUCGACCCCGUCUCGGAACAUUCGAACGUUGACACGACCACGCUGGUAUCGCCAAAUUGUUCCGACAAAACGAUUUCUCCUACGGUGGCUGGCAGAAGCUUCCCGCUCGAUGACGAUCCAGCGAGCGUUCAAGAAACCGGAAGUAGUAGUGGUGUCGGCGUUGGAGGUGCGGAUGAAAUGUUUAGCUUUGAUGAGGAUUCAACGUUGAAACGGCGGAGCACGAUCGAGGAUGAUGAAGUAGCGGUAGAGCAGGCGAUGCGUCGCAUCAUCGAUGAUGAACCGGAACUGGGAACGAGUUACGACCUGAAGCUGAACCUCUCGCAAGCAGAAGAAGCACUCGAAGAGAGCACGUUAACUGAAUCUGCCGUCGCAAGUGGAAGCCAGGAGCUGAAAUCUCCUACCAUCCCGAUACCGUCCUCGUUCCGGCGCAGCAUUGAGUUCAAUUCGAUCGGUUGUGAGAUCGGCUCAAAGAAGAGUCUCGAUUCGGCCGAAUUUCUCUCCAAGACACCUAGCGAGGUGACCGCCAAAGAACCCAAGGAAUCUGGCCGGCCGACGCACACUUCCGAACUGAACCGAUCGCGAUCGGUAGAUUCGAACCGGACGAUCCGCUCGAACCGCAUCUCGGAGAUGAGCUCGGAGAGUAUCGUGUGGCUAUCGCACCGAUUGGGGCCCGUGCUGACCGCACGCUACCUCUCGAGGAACCUGCUCAAGAUGCUAACACUGUGCUACAUCGGUGCGGAGAAUUUGUUCCCGGGCGAAACGACUGGUGACGAGCGGAACCAAUCACCGUCCCCGCUGACGGGUGGUGUCGAAGGAUUGAAUCACUUCUCCAUCACCGACGGUGGUGUCGUGGGCGAUGGUGCGGCACUGCGUGUCAUCGAUUGUCUAACGUCGAUAUCGGCCCUGUUCGGUGAGCACUUCAUUCUUGCCCAGUACCUACCACAUGCCGGUGAAGUGAUCGCGCUGUGUCGUAAAAAGAUCACCGUGACGCUCGAGGGCGGAUUGAUUAGUGCACUCCAGCUGCUUAAGUGUCUCGUACCGUACCUGAACGAUUCGACCGUAAUGGAGCAGUUGUCGGAAGUGUUCCUGCGCCAGAUACUGCAUCCGGCGGUGCGACUUCUCGAGUCGACCAAGUACACCAUGCCCAAUGGUUUCCUGGCACGAUCGGUGCUGGCACGCAAGCUGAUCGACACACUCUACGUCCUGUCGGUGCGAAUCGGUCGCGAGAUGACGCGGGAACACAUCUGUGUGCCGGCCCUGCAACGAUUCUUCUUAAUCUUCGACAAAGCGUACGCGCAUCCGGAUAGUCUAGGCGCAACCACCACGGUCGAUCCGCAUAGUGGGAUGACAUCCCAAGGUGAGCUUCCCUUCGGUAGCUUCACACCACCGGGGGUCCUGUUGGGUGAGCAUGCUCCCCCAAACACGGCCGGCGCUGAUAGCAGCGGCGGACGGAUGAAGGCGAUGGAGGAGAUCCGCGACGUAUUCACUCCGAAUCUGGCUUACUAUAGCUUCAUACCGUUCCUAAACUACCUCGGCCAGCAGGAGAUGGCACGUUGUGUCCGCAAUUUACCGCUCAUCCUCAACCUAUGCCACGAGCACGAACAGAUGGACUACCGCCGCUCGUCCAAGGGAACGGGCCAUUCAUUCGAUGCCCAACGUUCUGACGAAGAGGAGCAAUCCCUGCAGCAUCAGCAACAGUUGGAUUCGCUCAACUGUUCAAAUAGCUUUGGUUCGAACAUUAUCGGGAAUCGCAUCGAAUCCGGACGUGAUACCGACGGCUCGGCAGUACCGAUGUCAUCGUGGACGCAGCUCGAGCAUAAGGAUCUCCUAGGUCUGGUAACGUACAAGUUGGACAAUGUGAACAGCUCGCGAAACUUGCGUGGCAACUGGCUCGCAUACUGGGAGCAUGAGAUAGGCCGUUCGGAAAAGGACACGCGACUUAAUCUGAAGCAGAUCAAACUGCAGUCCUAUACCGGGCACUCAAGCUCCAUUAAGGCGCUGUUGGCACUGGACAAUGAAAAUAGCUUCAUCUCCGCUUCCAAGGACAAAACUGUGAAGCUGUGGUCGUUGCGCAGCGAAGGCGAUGGUUCCAAGGUGUCCUCCUGUCAAUUCACGUACGCCAAUCAUCGGAAAUCAGUCCAUUCGUUGGCGUUCCUCGAAGCCUUGCGGCUUACCAUCUCCUGUGAUUCUGGCGUUCAUCUGUGGGAUCCAUUCGUUGGUUCACAGAUCGGCCAGCUGGAUAUGCCCCGACAUGCGCCCGUUUCCGUGGUGAAAACGUUUCCCUCGCCGAACUGCUUGGUGCUGGCAGGGACACCCGAUAGCUCGGUAAAGUUGAUCGAUGCCCGCACCUUUAGCUACUGCCACGAAUGGAAGGUUGCACUGGCACCACUCGGUACGGUGCGUACCAUAGCGGUAGCACCGAGUGCUAACUGGAUUGCCGUUGGGCUUAACUCUGGUCACAUAGGAGUGCUGGACGCACGAACUGGUGGUAUCAUAGCCACGUGGCGUGCCAAUGACAAUGAUCUACUGCAGCUGCUCGCUCCGAACGAUGCCCAGCUGGUUAGCUCCAGUCUGGAUCAACUGAUCGGUGUGUGGAACCCGAGCAGCGGACACUUGCAGUAUCAUAUGCGGACACGUCCAGAGCCGGUACACUGCAUGGCGAACAGCGGGCCUGAGUUGAUAGUCGGUACACCGACCAAUCGCAUCGGCGUCUAUGCCUCGAUACUGCCAGACGCCCCGUACUCGUACACGAAGCUGCGCUCCGAAACGUUCCGCGGUGUGCUGACAAGCUUUGCGCUGCUACCACUGAACCGAAUGAUGCUGGUCGGUGGUGACAACGGUACCGUUACCCUGCUCUGUUAAUGUUGUCCUGCUACGGUUCAGUUACUGCUGCACCUACCUACACUCCAACGCCGCUCAACUUAUCAUUCCUUUAUCCAAAGUCGGGCAAACAUUCCAAAAAUAUAAAAGAAGAAUAUCGUGAUGGACCGCCCAUAAAGGGCUAUCGUAGCAGUAGAUCGUGAAUCACGAAAUAGCUCCUAUAUUUGUAGUGAUAUUAUACUUGAAGAAAGUAAACCCCCAAUGAUCUUGUUUUUUUUUUGUCUGCGAGUGUGUACUCCGGUGUGUGCGUGAUAGAAGAAAUGCGUUUGAAAUAAAGCAAAUGACUUUCUAGA